CGCAGCCUAUGGCAAAGAAGAGUAUGGACUUCCCAUGGAUGACCAGGAGUUGGAUCGCAUGGAUUUGUGCCACACAAAAUAUUACGCCCUCUUGAAGCAGCGACGCUUUCUAUCACCGAUUGGCGAAAACCCCCAGAGGAUCCUGGAUCUAGGAUGCGGCACAGGUAUAUGGUGUGUUGAGGUCGCCGACGACUACCCCGGAGCACAAGUUGUUGGCGUUGAUAUAGCCCCUACUCAACCACAAUGGGUACCGCCAAACUGCCAGUUCGAGCUCGACGACAUUGAACAAAAUUGGACGUGGAAAUCAGACAGCGCCGACUUCAUAUUCUCUCGUGAUUUGAUCUUAUCAAUACGAAACUUUCCCAGAUUAAUCGACCAAGCAUAUAGGCAUCUAAAACCCGGUGGAUGGGUUGAAUUUCAAUGCUAUACCGGAUUACUACAUUGCGAUGACGGCACGUUAUCUGAAGAGAGCACGUUUCGGAAUUGGGCGAACCUCACGAAGACGGCAUGCGAAAGAUUCGGCACUCCAGUGGAUGAUCCGACCCGAUUCAAACAGUGGUUUGAAGAACGCGGAUUCGAAUGCGUAACGGAAGAGGUGUACAAGAUGCCCUGUACGCCCUGGGCCAAGGACCAGCGCCUGAAGCUUAUUGGAGCCUGGGAACAACACAACUUGAUGAAUCAUCUAGAGGGUAUGACCAUGCGACUAUUCCAAAAGAGUCUGGGUUGGACGGAAGAGGAGAUUUUGGUGAUUUCUGCUAUGCUACGAAAGGAACUGCGAGAUCUGGGCGUUCAUGCCUACUGGCCUUACUACGUGGUGUACGCUCGUAAGCCCAUGAGGCCAACGGGCCAAUAGUGAUUGAGGCCUUUACCACUUGCCCUUUUAGCGAUUCCCGUUGACGUUGGCUCGAUGCGUAUGGCGACAGGGGUGCAUACGUCAACUUGUCUCUGGAAAUGCGGUAUUGAUAUUUGGAUAGCAGCAAAGACCGCUCGAGGGUGUCGCCGUCAAGGAAGAUGCAGUUAUACAUACACUAAUACCCCGAUAUUACGCUUGAACGACCUCGACAUGUCGAAUUAGAAGUCUUUACUGGCGGCAAGGUCAUCGCCAGUUGCCUUCACCGCUCCACCGCUACUCCAGUUGCCCCAUAAAUACCGCCGAGGGCUCAGGGCACCAAGCAUCAGGACACUUCCGGAUGAAAACGGAUGAGCAAAGGCCGAGGCUUUGCAUGGGGCCCCAUUGGCACCCCAUUUGGCAAUAGGACUCGCAGGACCUGAAAUGACAUGCUGCUUGUUUUAUUAGCCUUUUCUUCUUCAGCUCUUCUUUCCUUGCAAUUGUAUGGUUUAGGCGUCUGCAAUGUGGCGAGGGCACUUGUUUUAAUGGAAUAACAUGACGGUGUAUAAGUUAUGGAGUAUACGAUGGAAAGGAUUUUCUUGGCGUUCUUGCUCUUUAUGCCUUUUGAGCGUGUUGCAUUGGCAUGGCUGGCUGCAGAAUCAGCAGGGGGCACCGGGAUCAGGAAGCAUUCUUACAACUCGGUUGAUCGCACAGCCACUUUCAAUUUUUGUUUCUCGUUUCUUUUUUUUUUUUUUUUUUUUGGCCAAGAUAUAAUGGGCCAUUUC